AUGGCUAAAACGAUAUUCACAACGAUUACGCCUCUCCCAGCCAAUGUAUCCCGCCAAACGGUCCUCGAAACCCUCCACGAUCACAUCGAAAUGAUCGAUCUUAACCCAUCCCACGCCGAACGCCAUCCCACCAAAGCCCCUCCCUCCGCCACCCCCGAAGAAUAUCACUGUCAGUGGUACCGAAUCGUGGACAAAAUAUCGUAUCUACCCGCCAAUCUCUAUACCGGCACUAUUUCCUUCAACGCCUGUUUUCACAAUUUGGCGAAUGGGCUGCAAACGCAUUGUUAUGCGCCCAUGGGAUUGGAUAUCAAGGAAAAAUGGACGAUUGGGGGAAACAUGCCUGGCGAACCAGCAGUUCCGAGAGAGAUUGGAAUCAAUGCGCCGGUGGAGGGAUUGUAUAUUAGGGAAGAUGUGGAGAUGAAGUGCAACAUUCUGAUGACGAGAUUUGUGCGCAAGACAUUGCAGGAGUGUUUGAAAGCGCUCGUUGCGCGAUUAGUCGUGAAAGCACAAUUGCAAGAGGCGCGCGAGAGAAAUAGAAGAUUGACGCUUGGAAGUGCAGCUGGAUAUGAGAGGGAUGGCGAUACGAUGACGCCGCCGAUGAGUCCACCGAUGCGAAGCCCCGGUAUGGCUACUGUGAGUAGUAUGGGUAGGAGAGGCAGUACGUACAGUAGUUCGAGCGUCCCGACGAGUCCCCCAUUAACUCCAUAUAACCCUGAGAAAUGGGCGGAGGCGGGUAUGCAGGGCCAUCCCACGCUACAACCAUACACGCCCUUGCAGUUGCAGCAGCAACAUCAGCAACAGCAGUUAUAUCAGAUGCAUCACGAAAGGAAGAGUUACGGGGGACAGGACCAAAGAUGGUCGGGCAUCAGUGACAAGACGCAAGCGUCAUUGCCAGGCCCGAACUACGCGAAUAAGCCCGUCAACUAUACGAAUAAGCCUGCCCGAAUCGCGGAAAUGGAAGCGCCGCCCGGACCUGUGGAGUUGCCAUAG